AUGCCGCCGCGUUCAGCAAGAUUAGGCUCUGGUACAAAUGCAACAUCUGUGAUUGAUCCUAUAGGAGAGCACAAGGCCACAAUAGUUUGGCUUCACAGUCUCAACGAAGACGGGUCCAUUUGGAAAUCACAGUUGGAACAACUCAAUAUUCCUAAUAUAAAAUGGAUAUGCCCAACUGCUCCAACUCGCCCCAUUCCCGGAGUAGCUGGCUUUAAUGCCGCAACAUGGUGUGAUUACGAUAUGGGAGUUGUGUGUACAGAAGAAAGUCCAUACGACGACUUGGGAGGCUUAGAUGCGUCAGCAACACGCGUAGCAAACUUGCUCUCAACUGAGCCUGCUGGCAUAAAACUUGGUGUUGGGGGUAUUGGCGUUGGAGCCGCAAUAGCUCUUCACUCUGCAACAUGCUUUGCUCGCGGCCAAUAUCAUAAUGGCAGCGCUUACCCUCCUAUCAAUUUGACCGCCAUUCUCGCCCUCAAUGGUUGGCUUCCCCAAGCUAGCGGAUGUCUUCGUUCAUCAAACCCAGAUGGACAGAGCCCAGCAGUCUCUUAG